AUGGUGUGUAUGGAUGGAAAUAAGGCUUUUACCUUAAAAUACGGUGGCAAAAAUCCAUGGUUUGAUUGUCAUCGUCGUUUCUUACCUCAUAAUCAUGCAUUUAGAAGAAGUAAAAAAGGGUUCACUAAAAAUAGGGUUGUGAAAGAUGAACCUCCUCCAAUAUUGACCGGUGAAGAAGUUUGGGGUUGGGUUCACAAUAUUCCACGAGUGAUAGAUAAUGCACAUUCUAAAUUGUCUGGAUAUGGAAACAAGACUAAGGACAAUGAAAAAGCACGAAUGGACUUGGCCAUCAUUUGCCAACGUAGCGACUUGGAGUUGGUUCCACAUAACCAUGGAAAAAUGACAAAACCUAAGGCAAAUUAUUGUCUUACGUCUAAUGAGACAAAGAAUGUUUGUAAAUGGAUAAAGGAGCUUAAGAUGCCAGAUGGGUAUGCUUCUAACUUGGCAAGAUGUGCAGAUGUUAAUAUAGGACAAAUGAAUUGGAUGAAAAGCCACGAUUGUCGCGUAUUUGUGGAGUGUUUGCUUCCAUUUGCAUUUAGUUCACUGCCUGACCAUGUGUGGAAACCAUUAACAGAAUUAAGUCAAUUCUUUAAAGGCUUGUGCAACAAUACCUUAAGACACGAUGAAUUGGUCAAAUUGGGUGAAAAUAUUCCAUUCAUCAUAUGCAAACUUGAAAGAAUCUUUCCACCAGGAUUCUUUGAUUCAAUGGAACAUCUUCCAAUUCACCUACUGUAUGAGGCAAAACUUGGUGGUCCAGUUCAAUAUCGAUGGAUAUAUACAUUUGAAAGAAAGAUGGGUGAUUUUAAGCGCACAGUGAAAAACAAGGCUAGAGUGGAAAGCUCAAUAUGUAUGUCAUACUUACAUCGAGAGACAACAUAUUUUUGUUCCCACUAUUUCAAAACAAUCUCUUUGUUUGAUAGAAGCCCGCGUAAUGAAGGUGCAAAAUUAAAUGAUGCUGUCACGACAACACUAUCAAUUAGCAAUCAAUUAGGACGUCCUAGUGGGAAGGCUCAAACUCAUUGGUUAAGUGAUGCUGAAAGAAGCGCCUUUUUGCACUCUAAUUCCAUUAUUGAAGACGAUCCUAUAUCUCAAACACGUAUACAUGGAGAAUUCCCAGAAUGGUUUCGUGCGUAUGCCAGUGACAAGGAAAAUGGUGUGACUGACCCUAACUUGUUAUCAUUAGCUUGGGGUCCUGACUCAAUGGUCAAAACAUGGCACAAGUAUUACAUUAAUGGAUACAAAUUUCACACAAAAACUUGGUCUCAGGGUAAGAAAACCAUAAGUAGUGGAGUUUAUGUGAAAGGGGUUACUGGAGGAUGGGAAGAUGAUUUCUAUGGAGUUAUCCAACAUAUCUUUGAGUUGGAGUAUUACAAAUUGCCUCACAAGGUAGCCUUGUUUUAUUGCCAAUGGUUUGAUCCUAGACGAAAUAGAGAAACCAAAGUUCAUCCGCAAUAUGAUAUUGUAGAUAUCAAGAUGAAUCGGAAAUAUGAUCUCUAUGAUCCCUUCAUAAUUGCACAAAAAGCUAGACAAGUGUAUUAUGUACCUUAUCCUGAAAUGCGAACUGAUAAGCGUCACCGAUCUGCCGUUAUCAAAACAAAGCCUACGGGUCAUGUAGAGGUGGACGAAGUCGAUGAGGACUGCCAUAUCAAGAUGAAGAUAUGGCACAUGUUGAACAAUUAA